UACAGGUGCCCCUACUUCAUCCAUGAUCACCAGGGAAGAUGACAGCUCAGCCACAGAUCUGAUAUUCAACUCAAGUCAUCAAUUACCUAAAAUCAAAAUGGGUCCAGAUCUCAGAAGUGCGCGGCGACCUAAGCAAAUAAUGAACAAACUAAAACCAUCAACCCACACGGCGACCACCCCCCAUCUAUCUAUAGAACUGACGAAACCAUACCUACCAAUGAUCCCAAUCCUACCACCCCACAAACCAACUACAGACGCCGAAUUAAAGUCAUUUAUAUUAAACACAGCAUUACAAACAGCUCUAUCAGAUUCCCUGCAUCAUAUACAGCAGAGAAACUCUAAAAUUGAUAUGAAAAAGGAUGAAGAAUUUGUCAAUAAUCAUGAAGAUGGCAGCAGGAGAAGGUUGCAUAAAUGCGACGUGGCCGGGUGUCAUAAGGUGUAUACGAAGAGUUCGCAUUUGAAGGCGCAUAAGAGGACCCAUACAGGAGAAAAGCCAUACUCCUGUGCCUGGGCGGGCUGCGAGUGGCGCUUCGCCAGAUCUGACGAGUUGACUAGACACACUCGUAAACACACGGGUCAUCGACCUUUCACCUGUCCGCUGUGCAGACGAUCUUUCGCCAGAUCCGACCACUUGGGAUUACAUAUGAGGAGACAUUGA